GUGGCACAAUAGAGUCUAUGUAGGGUCGUGCUGUGGACACUGCACAGCAAGCAGCCCUGGCAUAGCUUCCUAAUGGUUAAUUCAGUUAAGUACCUCAACCGCCUUCCUGCCCGCCUCCUUCCUUCGCUCUCCUACAUCUCCUCUCACCUAUCCUCUAGUUUCCCCUAGCUGAAUCUUACACGCAAAAAACAAUCACUUAUCCUCUGUCCUUCCCAUCUAAUCGAAAUGCCCUUUUCGUUCAAGUUGUUCCAGGCUUUCGGAAACAUUAUUGCAAUUCGUUCGAAGCGCCCUGAAAACCAAGGACGCACACAACGCAAAUCGACAACCACUGGCCAUGGGGGCGAUACCUCUAUCCCUGCAGACCUCUCUAAUUCCGUUCCUGCACCAAUGCUCUCUUCGAAUUCUUCAUCAAUGCAUCCCGUUACUGCAGGCAGUGAACCAGGUCUCGAAGAACUUUUCCCCGGCUCUCCUUCCACACCAUACCCUUGGGGUGCAUCCCCUGCCCGCGAAGCUUCUGACAUCGCUCAGGUGGCUUUACCCUUGGUACAGGCUUUUACUGGUGUAAUUCCACUUGUCGGUGCUCCGAUGAAUGCAGCUAUUGGCGGAUUGUUGGGAAUCCUUCAAGUCAUAAAUAGAUGCGAUCAGAACAAGGCGGCCUUGGAUGACCUGACAUCGCGACUCUAUCGACUAUACUACCAUUUGUGCAACGCACCGCCUGCCCUGGAUCCUCUUGAACAUUCUCGGAGAGACCUUUUAGCUAGAAAGCUGGAAGCCACCUCAAUCCGCCUGAAAAAGUUGCAAAAACGUCGUCUAGCAUACACAUCUGUCACACAGGCUAUCACCGGAUGCUCAACUGACAUCGACCGUUAUCUGUCGUCCCAAAUGCAAAGUCAACGCGAAACACACGAACUGCUUAUACUGAUGUCACGGAGGCGGGAGGAGGUUCAGGACAUCGAACAGUCCUUCGCACCACUAUCUGCAUUGCCUUUAUCCGGAAGCGUCGCGUCUGGCUGCGUGACACUAGUAGACGCAACAGGCCGCCACCAAGCAAUAUCAGUGAACUGGUGCACCUCAUAUCAGCAACUCAAUCACAUGCUCCGAGUUCUGUUUGAACGCGAUGCGAUUGAAGCCCAAAUUCAAAGACGAUACAUAGAGGAAGGAAAGUACGAUUUGUGCAUCGACGAGGGCAAGCAAGUGACCCCACUUGCAAGCCACAAAUGGUCGAGCAUCGAACCAGGAACGAAGAUUGUGAUGAGGGUUAUCAUUCAACAGGGGAUGCUAUCACUCUCUGAAGUUGACUAUCGAUGUCAUUUUUGCGGUGCCGUGAAUCGCCUUGGUGCCAGAUCUGUGAAAUAUAAGUCUCGAGAGCGGACUGUCUGCUCGACUGAAUGUCGAGAAUGCAAACGAUGCUUCCAGAUCACCCGUAGCUUUAAGGAACAGAGAAACCCAUGCGCUCACAGUGACUCCAACCACAAGACUGACGCAGAAACGCUUCUUGUUCGCAACUUUCAUGUCCAGGAAAUUGAUGUGCGUUAUCUGGUGUUUCGACCUUCCUAGGCGACGCUGACCGUGCCACGGCC